GGGAGACACGUCGGAAAGACUCAAGAAACGUUGCGUCACUUUUAGUAAAACACAAUCGUGUCAACUAAGACUCAAAGCAAAUGAGUUUCUCAAAGGGCAGUGCGUCAGGUCUACGCGACAACGGUUCUUCACGAUACGGAGAUGUACGUUCAUGCAGCACGAGCUCGGAAAUAUCCGGAUCGUCAUGUCCAAGCAGCACGAGUUGCUCAACCGAUGAACGUUGCGAUCGCACCGUCGUCUUGCUAGGCAGAACUGGCGCAGGAAAAUCGACGUGCGCAAAUGUUCUAGCCGAUGAGACUGAUCUAUUCAAGACUAGCGGUGGAUCCACUAGCGAGACAAAGGAGAUGCAACGCGAAAUCGUUAGUGUGGAUUGGCCAAAUAAAACGUACAAAGUGAAAAUUGUUGAUACGAUUGGCAUUGGUGACACUGAACUAUCGCAGCACGAAGUCUUGCAUCGCCUCGCAUUGACCUGCCAUGAAUGCACAGACGGAAUCAACGCUGUCUUUUUUCUUGUAAAAAAUCGCUUUGAAGACAAAGAAGCUGAUGCUUGGGAUAUGUUUACGCAGGUCCUGUUUGGUAAAGAAAUUGUCGACUAUACAGCCAUUGUAAAGACAGAUUUUGCAGAAUUCGAAAAUAGCGAAGCAACCGAAGCGGAUCGCAGGAAGUUGGAAGAAGAAGACAAAGCUACAAAGAGAAUCUUGUCUGGUAUAAAGCACUUUAUAUAUGUCGACAACCCUACUCUGAAGUAUGGAUCGGUGUCCCUUGCGGCUCGUGCAUCUUCUCGAAAGAAGCUCCUCGAGCAUAUAAUUGAGAAAUGUGAAAACGUCUUCCAACCGCCCCUGCUGCGUGAGGUUCACCAACGCAUUUCUGUGUACGUACAACAACUAGAAGAAGCAAAAGAGAAAGAAGAAAAGUUGGAAGCUGAGAUCAAACAAUGCAAAGAUGUAAUUACUCGUCAACAGCUUGAAAAAGAAUCAGAAGAAAUCAAAAGACAGAAAGCAGAGGCAAAAGCGGAAAUAGAGAAGAGGAUGAGACUAGCGGUGGAAGAUCAAGUAAGAGCAGCAGAAAGAAUAGCAGCUGCUGAAAGAGAAAAAGCAGCAACAGAAAGAAUAGCAGCUGCUGAAAGAGAAAAAGCAGCAACAGAAAGAAUAGCCGCUGCUGAAAGAGAAAAAGCAGCAAAUGAAAUAGCAGCUGCUGAAAAAGUAGCAGCUGCUGAAAGAGCAGCAACAGAAAGAAUAGCAGCAGCUGAAAUAGCAGCAGCUAAAAGAGCAGCAGCUACUGAAAAAGAAGCAGAAGCAGAAAAAGCAGCAACAAAGAAAGGUGCGGCUGAGGAAUUUUUGGGAAGUGUAGCUGGAGCAACUGGUAGACUAGCUGACCGAACAGCUACCGCAGUAGUGGACACAGUUAAAGAUUGUUCUGUUAUGUGACUUCAACUCAUUACUAAUUAUAUGUUUGUACUAUGCUAUUGUAUUGUGUGGAUUUUUUGAUUGAAGAUACUGUAAAACAAUUGAGUCUUCAAAAUGUUAGUUCCAUCAUAGUUGAAAACCCUAGGACAAUUAACACGG